AUGACAUUGAUUGAGAGACUAACUGGAAGAGAUAACUUCGCUAGCUGGAAGUUUGCAGUACUAACGUAUUUAGAACACGAGGAAUUGAGGGAAUGCAUAACCGUCAAUGGCGCCGUUGAUCCAAAGAAAGACGUAAAAGCAAGAUUGAUAUCUUCGUGUGACUGUGAUUUUGAUCGAGUUGAAAAUUUAUGUGAUAGCAAUAGUAAUAAAGAUUACGAUCUUUUUAAUGAUGAAACAAAUGCUUCAGAGAGCGAUCAUUCAUUAAAAGAUUUUGCAGGAAUAGAACUUGAAUUAUCUUCUGAAGAUAAAGAUCAAAACGUAGAAAAUGAAACUUUAGACACGGGAGAAACACUGCGUGGCUGCCAAACCAAUAAAAACGGUGAAGAUGAGUGGGAGGAUAUUUCUGAAAGUCCCCGGGGCAAAAGGGGCUCAGCCCAACGUCACCGCUGCCAAGGGUUCCGGCACUCCUCGCUCCAGUGCCACCGGGCCUUAGCCUGUGUGCGGUGCGGGGUCACGCCGGCUAACCACAGUACGUGCCCAAUGCUGAAGGAGGAGACGCGCAAUAAGCGCGCAGGCACGGUGGCCGAGGCUGGCCCCAGUAGGGCCGCCGCUGACUUCGCUCCAGUUGCUGGAGCCACCAGAGCCGCCGGGCAGAGGGCCCACUGA